AUGGAGCAAGAACUAUUAAUUGAGGGUGAUGUGCAAGUGUUGGGUGAUUCAUCAAGCUCAAAUACACUUGAUACUCCACAAGUUGGGAUGUAUUUUUCAUCUGAAGAAGAAGUCCGUGCUUUUUACAAAUCAUAUGCCCAAGGUCUUGGUUUUGGUAUUUCAAAGUUGGGUUCCAAAAAAGGAGAUGAUGGCCAGAUAAAAUAUUUUUCAUUCGGAUGCUCUAAAAAUGGUAAGACUGUUCCUAAAGUGAAAUUUUCAUUUUAUCCUAGAGCUUGUAGCAAAACGGAUUGUAAAGCAAAGAUUAAUAUUACAGUUCAUAAUGAUGAAUUAUGUGUCAUUACUAGUAUUCAACUAGAACAUAAUCAUGCAUUAAGUCCAAGGAAGUCAAGACAUUUCAGAUGCAAUAAAGUGUUAGAUUCUCAAACUAAGAGGAAAUUAGAGUUGAAUGAUCAAGCAGGAAUAACUUUGAGUAAAAGUUUUCAAUCAUUUGUUGUUGAAGCUGGUGGUUAUGAAAAUUUGUCGUUUGAUGAGAGAAAGUGUAGAAAUUAUGUGGCUGAAGCACGGAGAUUAAGGCUUGGGAAUGGUAAUGCAGAAGCCUUGAAUAAUUACUUUUGUCGUAUGCAAAGUAGAAAUUCAAAUUUCUUUUAUGUAAUUGAUGUAGAUGAAGAUUCUCACAUCAGAAAUAUAUUUUGGGCUGAUGCAAGAUGUAGGGCUGCAUGUGAUUCUUUUUCUGAUGGUGUUACAUUUGAUACCACAUAUCUUACCAAUAGUUAUGAUAUGCCAUUUGCUCCCUUUGUUGGAGUAAAUCAUCAUGGUGAAUCCAUAUUACUUGGUUGUGGUUUGAUAUCUAAAGAAGAUUCAGAAACUUUCAUUUGGUUAUUUAAAUCAUGGUUGGCAUGCAUGAGAGGAAGAGCUCCACGAGCUAUUAUUACGGAUCAAUGCAAAGCCAUGGAAAUUGCAAUUCUUGAGGUAUUUCCAGACUCUCAUCAUCGUUUAUGUCUUUGGCAUAUUAUGAAAAAACUUCCAGCUAAGUUUAGUAGUCAUGCCAACUAUAAGUUGAUAAAGAGAAACUUGAAGAAUAUUGUUUAUAAUUCUUUGACAUCUAUAGAAUGUGAUAGCAACUGGAAAAAGUUUAUCAAAGAAUUUAACUUGGAGAAAAAUGAUUGGUUGAAUUCUUUAUAUGAAAUUCGUCAUAAGUGGAUGCCUGUGUAUGUGAAAGAUAAAUUUUGGGCAGGAAUGUCGACAAGUCAAAGAAGUGAAAGUAUGAAUGCUUUUUUUGAUGAUUAUGUUCAUUCAAAAACAACUUUGAAGCAGUUUGUUGAACAAUAUGACAAUGCUUUGAAAAGCAAGAUUGAAAAGGAAGAUAAUUCUGAUUUUGCUUCUUUUAAUUCAAUAAUUCCGGUCAUCAGUGGCAAUCCAAUUGAAAAGCAGUUCCAAAGUGUUUACACUAACAAGAUAUUUAAGUUGUUUCAAAAUGAACUACGAGGCUUGAUGUUUUGUAAUACUUCAUUUGUGAAGGAAGAAGGAUCAACAUUGUUUUUUGAGGUGAUGGAAACUGUAUAUGGAAAAGAUGGAACAACUCCAAAAGAGAUUUCCUUUUGGGUACAAUAUAGUGAGUUACAAUGUCAUAUGAAGUGUUUGUGUCAUCUCUUUGAGUUUCGUGGAAUUGUUUGUAGACAUUUGAUGUCUGUUCUGGUAAAAAGAAAAGUCACUACAGUUCUAGAACAUUAUAUUUUAGAACGAUGGCGUAAAGACAUUAAACAUGAAUAUCAAGGAAUCACUAAUAUUUAUGAUGAUUCUUGUCAGCAUGCAGAGGAAAGACGAAGAUAUAAUAACCUUCAACCAUUGUUACAGGAAGUGGGACAACUUGGGUCAAAAAAUGAUGAGAGGUGCUUUGUUUUAAAAGAGGCAAAAAAAAGAUUUAUGGAUACCAACAUUGGUGAUUCAUUGGAUGGUGAUCAUCAUAGCAACAUAAUACAUGAGGAAUCAAGAAAUGAGAGCAAAAAGUUUCACAGUCCACUGAAAGGUUCUACAAUUGAUAGAAAGCAAGAUGAGUUAUCAAACAUUGAACAAAUUGAUAAAUUUUCAGAGAGUCAGAGAUUGUUUAGAUUGGAUAAAGAACUGUUGGUUCCUAAUGAUAUUAUUCAGACAAUGGAGAGAACAAGGUCUUUUGAGAAGCCUAUUGAUUUGUUACAAAUGCAUGCUGAUUUGUUCAAGGAAGGCGAGAGUGCAAAGAUGAAUUUUGAGAUUAAUGAUUAUCCAGGAUAUGGAGAUGAAGAUGCUUCCUUCGCUAACCAAUCUGCAGUGGAGUCGGCACAGCGUGGACAAUGGGAUGCUUUCACGCUCCGCUCCUUCUGGAGAUUUUUCCCCAAUAUCCAGGAUACUCUUGUAGAACCAUCAUCGGACUCAUUGAGCGGCCGAUUAUGCUCACCUAUCACUCUCGCUGUCUCUUAUAAUGCCCUGAAAGGAGGAGAGGAAGCGUCUGUGCUGUGCCUGAGGAUACCUGCUCUUGGCGGAGAACAACAGGCCAGUUCCCUUUCAGGCAGCUCUUGUGAGAAAGUCGUGAUACAAAGGAAUUGGGUUCCACAUUACUUUUGGAAAUUGACCCACAUCGAUUUUACUAGUGAGCUGUUUCUAAGAACAUGUAGGAUGUCUUCAUCAUGGUCCUUGCAAAAUCUACAAAGACCAUUGUCUGUUAAGUUGCUUUUGACCUUUUGCAUCCCUGUUAGCAAUCCAUCAUGA